AUGGAUCACGGUGCCCACAAAAUACUAGAAUCUGCCACAUUCCGCACUCUCCAUGCCCAGAACUUCUCGCGCGCUUCUAGUCAAGCUUCCUACGUCCUAACCGACCUCCUUGAAAGGUAUCUUACGCUUCUCUCCUCCACGGCCGGGAAGUUCGCCGAGCAUGCUGGCCGCGGGAGGAGCAUUGGUGUCAGAGACGCUGUAUGCGCACUCGAUGAACUUGGAGUAGGCGUCGACGAACUGAGAGAUUGGUGUGUCUCGGAGGGCGGUGAGAUGAGUGGGAGGUACGGGAUUAAGGGUGCAUGGUUGGGUGAAUUCAAUGCACACCUGGCGGACGGACUCAAACAGGAUACUGAUGAUGCCUUCCCCUUGCACUACAGACCGCUUGACGAUAUCACUAACGGACGACCACCCGGCGACGAACCGGAAGCCGACGCUGAUGCCGAGGACGAUGAUUACGAAAUGAUGAUGGAUACCGACGUCAACGUUCUCGAAACUAGCGCGCCGUUUAUACAAACGACUUUCUCCUCACCGCAUGGCCACCAACCACUCACAUUGCCUUUGUCUCCGAUAUCCAACCCCGGUUCACCUUCUCGGAAACGCGCACGCACGGCUAGUUGGCAGGCCCCGCAGCAUGUCCCCAAUUUCCUGCCUCCGUUUCCUACGAUGUCGACUGAUGUAGGGCCACCCGCCUCCUUAUCGCAGGAGCCGGCACAACCUGGGUUGGACAUUGGUUUGGUGAAGAUGGAGAUCCAAGGCCAGUCGAGCAUACCAAACCCAACGGCACCGGUGGUGGCUGCCGCCGUAUCAGCUGCGCAAGUGGUUACAUCGUCUGACUAUCUCUCGCAAGUUCCAUAUUCAGAGUCAACAUUAUCCUCCGUGCCUGAAUGGCACUUACCCCAACCGCCUCCUCCCCCUUCCACAGCCCCAAUAUCAACGAGAUUGCCUACGCCCCAGACGGAGCCCGCUUUUAUCAAAGCGUACCACCACAUCCUCACGCAUUCCUCCCAGUCACACUCAUCGCACGCAUAUGGCUACCCGCAUACCAACGGCCACACCAACAUUGCCAAUGGCGUCAGCAAUCCCCUGCGCCACAAAAUAGCUAUGUCGCUGAUGUUUGAGAUGCAGUGCACACCACGGUGGGAGCUCGCGGACACGCUGUUUGGAGGGGUUGGGCCGUGUGUACCACGCAGCGCCGUUGUCGCGCCAACGCAUCCUCUUCCCGUCGCCUCCUCUAGAGGUAAAAUGGAGGUCGGCGGUAGCGGGAAAGAAAAAGAGAAGGAUGUGAAGUUGCCUGGGGCGCAACCGAGGGCAGUGUCUACCAACGAGAGGGUCGCUCAUCUGGUCAGUCAGCAGUCGUCAAGGAUCCCCGAGUUGGCGCGAAGGGUACUUCCGCCAGCGAUUUUGACAAGAACAAGUCGAUUAUCUCAUCCGCCGGUUAUCAUGCGCGGCACGCAGAAGCUCACGUAUGGAAGCGGCUCGCCUGCACCUUGGAACGGCGGGGCGAACUCGGCGUCGUCUGCGAAUGCUGGCAAGGCAAAGGGUGGCAAAGGGGACAAGAACAAAGAUAAGAAUGGCAUGGACAAGGAAGACGUUGAUGAUGAUGAGAAAGGUGAUGGGGGAGGAAGAGAGGCGGCUAAGACGGCUGUGCUGCCUGAUGCGAGGAUGUUCGCGACGUGGGAUGCGGAUAAGAAGGAUUAUAGAACGCCGCUCAAUAUGCAGACGGGGUAUGGAAGGAGCACCAGAACUGGAGGAGGACUGGCGACAGGUGGCGGGAGCGUUGUGUUGUCGUUAAACCGGGGGAAGAGAAGGGAAUCUGGCCACUCGUAG